AUGAUGAACAAAGUUCAAGUAAUUGCUCGUGUCUUGCUAUGGACAGCAUAUAGCACCCUGUUGGUCCAGUCAGGGCUAGCUCAGUUGCCACUAUUGCCUAAGAUACCUGGCCUGCCUGAUAUUACACUACCUCCGAUUCCAGGCUUACCUUUACUUCCAGGUUUACCUCAGAUUCCCGGCCUGCCUAAAAUCCCACUACCUCCGAUUCCAGGCCUACCUUUACUUCCAGGUUUGCCUCAGAUUCCCGGCCUGCCCAAAAUCCCACUUCCUGCAAUUCCAGGCCUACCUUUAAUUCCAGGUUUGCCCCAUAUUCCGGGGCUACCUUUACUUCCUCCACUACCUCAGAUUCCAGGCUUACCGUCAAUUCCAGGUUUGCCCGGGGUAUCGGGGUCACCUCCACUGUCCCAAAUCCCAGGCGGGCCUUUACUUCCAAGUCCGCUCCAGAUUCCAAGGCUGUCUCAACCCCCUCUACCACCCCAAAUUCCGGGCAUUCCAACUCCUGGAACUCCAGCAGGCGUAGCUAAUGCUGGACACCAGUAG